GUCGUACAUUGCCACCGCAACCAUGUCUUUGCGCCUCGCCUCCCGCCUCGCCUUCCGGCCCGUGUUCGCACGCACGCUGGCCUCCUCCUCGCGCGUCCGCAAUGACCGCCCCGAGCGCCCACGCGACCCCUUCCCGCUCCCCUUCGACCCUGCGCUCGCCGAGGCCGAGGCGGCGCGCAACGCUCUCCGCGACCCCACCGACGUCGUGGACGGGUGGGAGCUGCCCCCUCCCCUCGACCGCACGGGCGAGGCGCCUGAGACGCUCCGCGCGCGCCUGAUCUACCAGACGCGUAAGCGCGGCAUCCUCGAGACGGACCUGCUGUUGAGCACCUUUGCGCGCGAUUUCCUGCCCUCGAUGGACGUGCAGGAGAUGCAGCAGUUCGACAAGCUGCUGGACGAGCCCGACUGGGACAUCUACUACUGGGCGAUUGAGAAGCGGCCGGCGCCGGAGCGGUGGGCCGACACGCCGCUGCUUGCGAAGCUGCGGAAGCACGCACGCAACGAGGGCAAGGUCGUCCGCCUUAUGCCCAACCUCGAGGACAUCGAGCGCAAGUAG